GAGAAUUGUGUCUUGGCGAGCGCAACCAUGAGCAAGCACGAGAAGAAGGCAAAGAAAAAGGACGAGCAUGAGAAGAAGCGCAAGCACAAGAAGGACGACAGGAAAGAAGACAGGAAGAAGGAUAAGGACAAGUCGUCCAAGAAGAGAAAGACUUCGUCAGUGUCGAGUGAGGAUGUCGAGCGAGCGAUGGACAUUCCCCUUGCGCUGAAGCACAUGGAGGCGUUGGUUGUUGAAUUCCCAGACUUGGUCGGCGACUUGACGAGUAUUUUGAAAAUGGUUGAUGCCGGCGAAGCUGUCGUCAUCGGUGGCAUUGUGAACAAGGACAUGAAGGCGCGCCUUGCCGCCCUCUUUCCGCUCAUGGGGCUAGUCGAGUCAGGGCCAAACGAAGCAUAUUCCAAGCACAAAUUCGCGAAACGGAACGAGCUCCUCUUGGACACAUUCCGCCGCACGUUACAACCGCCUCCGACCCCUUCGCCUCCUCUUGCCAUGCUCAAGCCCAAAGCAGCCCCGCGGGUCUUGGGUCCCAUCGGACCGUCCAUGCCACCCCCACGGCCUCCACAUGCGGACGACGAUGACGACGACGACGUCGUUGGUCCAGCUCUCCCUGGCAUGAAGGGGUUCCGCGAAGCCAGCGCCGACGUCCAAGAACGCAUGCGCCUGCAAGCAGAAGCCGACGACGCGUUGGCGUGGAAGCGUGUUCGCGGUGAAGUCAUCGACGCCCCUACCGCGUCAAAGCCGAUUCUCCAACGAGAAGAAUGGAUGCUGUCGCUGCCAGAUGACGAGUCCAUCCAGGCGGCGCUCGGCGGAUUGGGCGACCAAAACGCGCGCAAGUUCCGCGGACGGGACAAGGACGAGCGCGACGACAGCUGGUUCGCAUCCCCUGCCGAACGAGACCAAGCGAUGCGGGAAAAAGCGCAAUGGGAGAUGCUGGGGUACGUGCCUGGCAAGCCAGAGGUGGCUGAAGCGGCGGCAGCGGCGGAAACUGUACGAGCAAGGGAGAGGAUGCAAGUAGUAGCUGUCCCUGCGUUGCCUAUUGCUCGAACGGAUGGGGACAGAUCACUCUUGGAGAAGCACCAGGAUGCGUUGAAGAAGGCAGGCAAGCCCAGUGGACCGGUUGGAUGGGAUCGGUAGAUUUAUAGAUAUAUAUAUAGGUAGUAGCAUUUCCAUGGAUUGAGCGAUGUGUAUGUAGGGAACGGGACAUGGCGAGUCGCCGGCAGUUGUCGGGGGACGCGGCCACGGCGUUGAUGCAGCAGGCGGCGGAGAUGAGCGCGCGAUUUGCCGCCCCCAAAGUCACGCGGACGUUUUUGUAAGAACGAAGUUAAAGAUGGCUUAACACGACCCACCACAGCGUAAAGCAGACGCACGCGGCGACCACGAGCGCCACGAUCGCAUUGUGGCGCACCUUUUUGCGCUUGAUUUGGUCGACGAGGUGGUUGAUGCUGGCAAACGACGAUGACAACGUCGUGCCUUUCGAGUGCGACCGACCCAUCGACUCGCGUUGACUCAGCAGCGCUUCCUUGACGGCUUGGGCGACGCUACGUCGUCACGAACGAGGGUAUGAGGAUGGUGGGAUGGAUGAUCGAG